UGGGGGACGCGCGGAGCCGCACGGGCACUGGCAAGCACGUUGUUAAGUGGGCGCGGCUGGUGGGCCAGGCGGGUGCUGGUGGGGGGGAGGGAGCGAGCUUUCGCCCGAGCCCGGAGAGUUCCCGCACCCUGACCCACGCUCUAUCAGGUCACUGUGCUGAGUGACACCGCCGUGGCAUCAGAAGAGCUGUCUUUUGGCCUGUGCGGCGAGAACGGCGGUGGCCUCAAUCUCCUAAGAGUCUCUGUAGAAGCUGAAAUCCGACAGUCACCGUUCUUCAAAAUGCAGUGGAAUGUACCAAGGUCUGUAUUCCGACUGGCACAUAGGACAUGCAUGGAACCACAGAAAGCCAGUCUUUUUGGACACUGUCAAAACAUAAAGGGACCAUUACUUUUGUAUAAAUCUGAAUCCAGAGUAGUUUUGGUACAGGGCCCUCAAAAACAAUGGCUGCAUUUGUCUGCUGUCCAGUGUGUUGCAAAGGAAAGGAAGCCAUUCACUGCUCAUCCACCCCAACCGGGGGUCCUUCACCAUAAACAGUGGGAGCAAGAUAGUUUAUCCAAGAGGAUAAUGUCAUCCAACGCCACACCCCCUGGAACUCCUUCGGAAAAAAAGGAAGAACCUGACCCUUUACAAGACAAGUCUAUUAGUCUUUACCAACGAUUUAAGAAAACAUUUAGACAAUAUGGAAAAGUUUUGAUUCCAGUGCAUCUAAUAACUUCUGGUGUUUGGUUUGGAACAUUUUAUUAUGCAGCCAUAAAAUCGCAACACCCGCCCGCUAUAUGGUGACCUUGGGAGGGACCUCCUUCACUGUGAAGUAUUUGCGUAGUCGGGGCUACAUGUCGACGCCGCCUCCUGUUACGGAGUAUCUACAAGACAGGAUGGAAGAGACCAAGGAGCUUCUUACAGAGAAAAUGGAAGAAACAAAGGAUAG